CUUUAACUUGAAUAUUUAAAGUAUUAAAAUGUUAGCGAUCAAGAGUGAGAAAAUCAAUAGUUUGUCAGGGUUUCUCUGCAGAAUCUCUGUAAACCUCUAAAACUAGAACAAACUGAAUUUAUCUCCAAUCGGCUGGGAUUAAUUAUAUAAAAUGCUGCAGAAUACGCUUGCACUUGUAUUUUCAGCACUCGUUCUACCACUUUCCCACUGGGAAGAGGGACUUUCAAAACUGGUGAAUUGAGAAUGAAUCGACAUGAUCGCACCAAUAAAACUGUAGGUGAAACAAACUUAAAAAAAAAAAACAUUACGGUAAAUUUAUUUCUUGAGCACUGUUCAUACACAUUCAUUGAAUUGAAUGAAUGAAAAAAAUGAAUGUUCAUACACAAUAAAACUCACCACACUUUACAAUGAAGUAAAUCCAAACAAAAUGAAAAAGAAAACUAAAUAUAGCCAAAACUUUAUUAGGCUAAAGGUAAUAAAAUUGGUAAAAUCUAUAAUAUUAAUAUUAUUAACAAUAUUUCAAGGCCUGAUUGAAAGAAGUGAAAUAGAUUCAGUAUAUUUACAGCUGUCAGACAACAAAUACCCAAAUUUUUAAAUGCCAAGGUCUAUAAUUAUAUUUCAUCAUUAGAUUAUAUUUCCCACUCAGUGAAAAACACCCCCAUCUGGCGGUCAAAAAGCGCCACUGCGGGAGAAGUCACUCGGCUCAGUUCGGUUCUCUCCGGCUCAGCCUCGGCUCUCUUCGGCUCACUGAUCUUCGACUCUCAUUGACGUGGCGCGAGGCGAAAGGUCGGCCGGCACUUCCGUGGUCUGCGGUGAUUGGACGCUCAGAUCUGUUUGUUAAAUAUGCAAAUAUACAGGUGGCGGAGUGCGGCGUAAGUAAAUAAAACAGAAGUGAAAGCGCGUCACUUUUUUUCCAUGUUCCAACUCUCAAAGUCUCCCUGAGAGACAUCUGGAGAGGAGAGUUUGGGGUCUACGGCAGCAGGUGCGCGCUCAUGCCCAGGCUCAGCGCUGCCGCCGCGCUGCAGCUCGCGCUGCUGCUGUCCGCCGUGCCCGCGCAGUACUUCAUCAGCAGGUGGAGCGGAGCCACGGCGGUGCAGCGCUACCACGCUACCUCCCGGUUAGUUCGACUUUGGAAAGAAUGGACGUCGUCGUAUCUGAACGCCACUGCGUGGAUGGACUGGUCCAAUCAGCAGGUGGCCAAAGUCAUGUCUCUGGUUGGUCUGGAACCAAGCGAUGAAGGAGCGCCGCCACCGUUUCCCCUUGAGAUGAUGAUGCAUGACAACGACCAGGGAUUCUUUGGAGCCUCCAGGACGGUGCGCAGCCCUCGCCCGCCGUUCGUCUUCCUGCGGGUGGGAGAGGUGGUGAUGGAGAGGAGGGGCCACAUGAUCGGGGUGGUGGUCAGCUGGGACCCGGAGCUGCGAGCUCCUGCAGAGUGGACGGACAGGAUGUAUGCAAACUCCGAGGAGACCAAAGCGGAAAACACACCUCACUACAAGGUGCUGUUCAGCGGGCCUGAACCCUCGUCCUUCCUCGUGGCUUAUUUACCUCAGACUCAGCUGGAGCGCAUCACUGGACUGAGGCCGGACAUCCCCACCCUGGAGAAUUACUUCACACACUUCGACGGGGAGCGGUUCGUCAUGCAGCCCUGGCUCAGAGAGCUCUUCCCAGAGGACGAGGUCGAAGACAUCUGACGGCUCAGCGAAACGUCCCAGAGACAGUUUGAUCCGACUUCCUUCCGUGGCGUUUAGUCUGGUCCCAGGCUGUCUGGCGUGUGAUGCGCUGAGACCGGAGGGACCGGAGCGGAUUCAAAGACCAGACACAGGAUGAUUGUUGAAUCUAUUCUUUCUGGACAUCAAGUGUUUUAGGGUUUUGGAAGGGAUUAAGGAAAAAUUUUGACAAUUAAGGUCUGAAACGAUCAUCUGUUGUCUUUUAUUUUUGAAAAAAAAAAAGUUUGAAAAUACAGUAUUUUAUUUUAUUUUAAUGUGUGAAAAAAAUUAAAAAAAGCAACUUCA